GACCGUCGUUGAGGAUACCAUGCGCGCCCCCAUCGUUUUCAUCAUCAAUGAACAACCAUAGCACCGAAGACUCACCACUGACGCACCGUCUCCAUCGCGUGCAAGCAACACCGUGAAAGUUCCGCCUCCACUUGGUUAGAAAAGGGACUUCGAAUGCGUAAACCAUAAAAAAAAUAUAUUUUUUGAUCAUAAAAUCUUAAAAUUUUUAGUGUCACCAUAUAUAUCUUAUUUUUUGGAUUAAUAUAAUGCUUUGUUUAAAUUUCCCAAAAAUAAAUAAAUAAAUAAGGUUUUAGAUGGGUUUUGGGGUGAAGGAAAAACCAAGAUAAAUGGGUAUCCAAACAAAAAUUUCUGUCCCCUUUUCCCUCUUGGCACCGUUUCAUUGCCCUUGCAGAGUCUCCCAAUCACUAUUGACAAUCCACAGCACACCAGCUUCGCCUCAACUCUCCCCAGCUACCUGGGCCUUGACUCGCUCACUGAGUCGACUCAGCCCAAUCUCGAUGAGUCAACCUCUCUCGGUGUCGGCUUCCAAUUCCACUCCCCUCGCUUCCCCAAUCGACGUCGAUAAGACCCUAAGCUCCGACGUAGUGGUUCAGUAUGUGGUGCUCCGGCGAGAUCUGAUUGACACGUGGCCGCUCGGGAGCGUUGUAACACAGGGCUGCCAUGCCUCCGUAUCCGCCAUUUGGUCCAACAAAGAAGAUCCUCAUACACUUGAGUAUUGUAACCCCGAUAACAUCGAUUCUAUGCAUAAGGUUACACUCGAGGUGAAGGGAGAAACCCAAAUUUUGAACUUAUCUGAAAAACUCUCAGCUGGGGGAAUAGCACACAAGUUGUGGAUUGAACAACCUGAGAAUUUCCCAACAUGUCUUGCUACAAAACCUUAUCCCAAGUCUAUUGUAUCAUCAUAUUUUAAGAAGUUAAAACUUUGCAAGUGAUGUAACUUGUCAUGUCCUAUUAUUUGUAAAAGUGGGUUAUGAAGAAGUUUAGAAAAAACAAACAUCUGUUGUUACUCUGUUUUCGUUAUUUUAGAGGCGUGAGUAAUCUUGAA